AAAGACGUUCGUAUGGCUGUUAUUGGCUAUGACAUCGAAUCCAUAUCCGUUUCGAAAAUUAACGGCUUUUAGUGGACUGUGCAGUAAGUUACGUCAUGCGCAACGUCACGUCAUAAUUUAUUUUGUUUCACAUGUCAUUCAAUUCACGCAAGAAAAACUGCGUACCUCGCUGCCCCAUUCCCCUCUGCGGGGAUGCGUCAUGCAGUCUAGCAAGAAGUAGAAGAAGAAGGAGACCGCGUUUCGUUCUGUCUCCGCCAGCGACCGCGAACUGAACGCCUCAUCAACUCUGCUCACAGCCACGGAACCCUCGACACUUGGUCUCCUCUGCACGGCUCGCAGAAGGUAUGAAUUCCGAAGCUGCGACCCCGGACGCCUCGUCCGAAGUGGAGAAAAGCGGGACGUCGACCGUCAAGGUGCGGCGUACCAAGAGGCUGCGGUCUCUGUUCUCCGAACUCAUUCCGACCGAAAGGCGGGACUCGUUGUACCACAUGUCGGGAAUGCAAGAUUUCUCCACCUAUCCCGGUGAGCGUAUGGCGCCGCCUGCACCCCUGCCAUCUCCAGCGCCGGCUACGGACGGCUCCAAGCCGGAACUCGUCGGUAAAGAUAGCGAGAGGAAGAGAAACCGAAAACUCAGUCGCGUGAAGCGGCGCACCUCAAGCCGGAUUGGCAAAGUGGAGGUGGAAAUGAGCCCGCAGGAGACCAAGCUGGACUCGCCGUCUGUUUCAACUCCGACCGAGCACCGAAAGUCAGAUUUGCUCUCGCGAAGCGUGGUCCCGUCUAAGGCCCGUACCAGCAUGCAGAUUGAGUUGCCAUCACUGCCUGUCAGAAAAUGUGGUGACGAGACGAUUGACGACUUCACUUGCGGUGGUCACAGCGCAGAAGAGGUGAUUGACUCGCUGCCCAGAAACCAACGCGCCACCGCCAAGCCCUGCAUCGGUGCUGAAACGUCAUUCGAAUACGUCGUGAACACCGGCCGUGUCACCUCCAUGCCCACGGUCUCGCCAAAUUCUGUCGCAGGGAUGUCCGUCUCACGCAUGGUGAGUGGGGUCAAGGGGCUCUUCUCCGGGCACACUUCGGAAAGCUUCGACGGCGCCUUGCUGUGCUACCUCCUCAUCUUUCCGUGCGUGGGUGCAGUUCUUCUAGGGGCACUGCUGCUCACCCUCGCGCUCAUGCUCACGGGUCGCGGGAGGUCCUUCACAGCCACUCCCAGGACGCCAAGCAUCGAACAGGACUCUCGCGUCGUGUGCUACACCACCGUCUGCCAGGAGGUGGUCGCGUUGCUGGCGCUGACCGCGGACUACACCGUACCGCCGUGCGACGAUUUUUACCAGCACGUCUGCGGCAGAUGGGAAGCCGGUGGUGGCAUGCUUCCGUUAGACGACGGGGCAGAAGGGCCACUCCAGCCGUUCAGCUACGAGGAGGCCAACCUUCGCGCGUUCCUCGCCAGAGUCCAUCGCAGCCUCGAGUAUAUCGCGCAAGACCCGAGUCGCUGCUCACCGCGACACUGUCGUAUGGCCCAUUUCUACGACAGCUGCAUACAGUUUGCCACUGAUCGAAGUCGGAACGGGCACUUCCUAUCGGUUCCGGAGGUUCUGGAACAAGCGCGAGUCGACCGCGGAGCCUGGCAACGCGCGAAAACCCUGAGGGUGCUCCUGCAACUGGUCGUGGCCACGAGUCUGCAAACGGGGCUCGCGUCGGCUCCUAGCGCCAGACGAAGCGAGAAGGGCGACGUCUUCAUCGACGUGGGCGAGUCGUUGAGCCACGUCUUCGUGCCAUACGGAGGGGUUGGACGCUUUGUCCACGACUCACUUGCAGAGUUGCGUGAAGACGCGGGCAGUGUGUCGCAAGACGCAGUGCUGGCCGUGGAUGCGAAUGUCGAGGGAAUUAGGAAGUCGCUCGACUCUUCGGUCCAUCAGUUCCAGGUGGUUCAGCGGGGAGACCUGCCACCUCCCUUGUCCGAAAGCCUGCUCGCGCAAAUGCGGGAAACAAGGCGCGCAGCUGGCCACGCGCACUUUGCGCGCCGGAAACCUACCGUGCGUGCUCGAGGUCUCGAGAAAAUUGGUGCCAUCGUUGAACUGUUUGGCACCAUCAACCUCGGACUGGCCAGAGUGUACUUGCUGCUCCUGACGUCGUCACAUGUAGUCAAAUACGCUUACAUGCUGCACCCGCUCAAAGGACAAGACAGAGCUAAUCCAAUACAGAUCUGCCUGCAAGCAACAGCCGGAUAUUUCCCCGGUCACUUCCCAUUCUGGCUGGCCAGUACAAUGGAGACAUCUGAGGCGCACAUUUACCUGGACCACAUGGUUGCCAGGUUAAAACAAUCGGCGGAAGAUAUGGCUUACAACACCAAGACGUUCGCGAUCAACGGCUCAGAGUUCACGAGAACGCCAGUGACGACUAUUUCUCCCAGAGGCGGUGUCCAGGGCAGAGAGGUGUCAGCCUUGCAUGGAAGCUUCCCCCAGUUCAUCAUCCAGUUAAGCAGGGAGCCACUCACCGAAAACUGGCCGUCCGUGGAAAAGGUGGCACAGCAGCAACUGCGAGGAGGCAUUACCGCGAAAAGAUCGGUUUCCGGCGAGGGCACCGUGAUCGUGUCCUCACUGUUCCUCGCGGCAGACCUGAUGCACGCCGACGACGCGGAGGAGACUCUCGAUUAUUCGACGGUUGGCGUCCGGCUUCUCAUCACGUGGGCCAACACGGCUGUGGAAGUCGAUAACAGAGAAAGAAGCAACGCGAGCUCCAAGAACAUCACCGCCUACCGGCAAUGCGUGGCUGACCGCAUUACUGCUGACACGGGGUCGAGUUUGAGCCAAGAGGCGCUGAGCUUCGUGCUCUUCCUUCCCUGGGCGCUGGACGUGGCCCUUCUAUCCUCCACGCGACGCACGUCCGCCGACAAGCGGGUCGGUCUCCUCGGGGCCAAGCAACGGCUCUUCUUUCGCCGCUUCUGUCAGACGACGUGCGGUGACGCGGAAGCGGCCAAGGCUUGCCGCUACGGUGUUCUCAACUCCGAAGCCUUCUCCGAAGCCUUUCACUGCAGCAGGCUACCACUGCAUUUGCGCUGUUGAACAUUUUUUUUUUUUUGUAUUCUCUCUUGUACAUUGUUCCAAACUGUGGCACGUACUGUUUCUUCCAUAUGUUCUCAUGAUAAGCUGUCACGUUUCGCUGAUUGUUGCUCCUUACUAUGCUAUCAUUAUGCGUAACCCUGAUGCGUAACCCUGAUGACGUAACAUGCGUAACCCUGAUGAAUCGAAUACGAUGCGCCUUACGUCAUAUAGAGUUUCGACUUCGCACGUGGGUGCCUGUAACGCGUCAAAGCGACAGUUAUGAACGCAUAUAAGCUGUGACUCUGUGGAACUUUCUAAAGGUUCUGUUCUGAUCUAAAUCUAUCCUCAUCUAAAUGAGGCUGGGUUUAUUGUACGUUUGAGAUGUUACCUUGACUGGUGAUGUACUGUGCAAUAUCGUGUCUUAUGAAUUAACACAGCUGUAGCGGUUUGGACGAGUUGUUACAGCGUGACUUCAUAAGGAUUUAAGGGAGACAGACCGGGACGUCCAUUUCUGCUUAUCUAUUUGGUGUUUUUAUCGUGCACUAUACGUAUAUGAAGUUAUGAUCAAAUAUUGUUCAAGAAACGAAGAAACGUAAAAAUACCGACGCGGAAAAGAUGUUUCGGUGUGUACACGUCACUGAAAGGUUAUUUGCCGUCAAUAGCGAUUGUUACUUGUCAAUGUGGGCAGGUAUCGUUGUUUACUAAAGGGAGUUGUUGCCUGGAUCCACCAGCGUGCUUUCUGUGGUACAUUACCAAUCAGGCAAAUUUUCUGCCCACUUCCGUCAAGUUAUUAGUGUAUAACUCUCUCUUUUUUUCACACCUAAAAUACUGUCACCUUGUCUGGGGAAACACUACAGAGUCAAACAUCACUAAACUUUCUCUACUACGGAAAAAAGCUGUGCGUGCUAUUAGCAACUCGGCUUAUGACGCACACACUGAACCCCUUUUUAAGAAACUUCAAGUUUGUCCAGUAAACUUGCUAUUCAGGGAAUUGCUCUUGCCACGGUACCUUACAGAAAGACAGCAAGGGAGUCACUUUAUUGAGCACCUAUCUAGCUUACGCAAGAACAUUAAAAAAUACAACACCCGUCAUAAUGCGACCUGGUUCAUACCCCGCGCACGCACAAAUUAUGGGACACAGCUACUCGCCCACUCAUUACCGUCCUUGUUAAAUUCACUUGGUUUCUGAUUAUUUACUUCAUUCCUUACAGUUCUGUAACAAUGAUGAUUUUCCCUCUAUUACAUUGCUUGAACCACACUUUUUUGAUUACGUAUAUUUAGAUUCCUCUCCUGCCACUGUACAAUGCUAUCUAACAAUGUCUGAUUGCUGUUGCUAAUUCUUGUUUUCUUUACGUUUACACAAUUUUGAAAGGGGAGCAGAGCCCUGUCAAGCCGAAUUGAUUUUGGCUUUUUGUCUGUGCCGCCUGCAUCAUGUAUUGGACGUGAAAUAAAAUUU